AUGAAAAAGGUGUGUCAGGAUGGUGCUAAUUACGAUGAGGCUUGUACAUCUGACGUAGAUUGCACAGGAACAAAUGCUGCAAAAUGUGCUGGCAGGAAAUGUACAUGUAGUGACGGUUAUUUCCGUAAAACUACUGCUACAGAAUGUGCUGCAAAAGUUGCCUUGGAUGCAACUUGCAUAGUCACCGAUUCUGCCAAAGAUCAAUGUAGUGUAGUGAACACUGAAUGUAGAACUGAUGGUUCAGAAAGUAAAUGUUUAUGUAAAGCAACCCACUAUUCAGAUGGAAACGCUUGUCAAACCAGCAAGAAACCAGAAGAAACGUGUGCUGCAAAACAGUGUGUUACUCAUGCUACUUGCAACACUAAGUCUAAUCCUAAUAAAUGCCAAUGUAAUGCAGGUUAUACUGCAACACCAGCCACCACACCUACCAUGUGCAGUGGUGUAAUGAAAGUCGCAACUCUGUGGUAUAUGUUAGCGGUACCAAUAUAUGUAUCCAUGAUGUCUCUUAUACGAUGAAUGUUCAUUAGAUUCGGUUGAUUUAAUUUUUAGGUUGCUUUAAUUUUUGGUGUUAAACGCCACUUUAAAGAACAUUAG